GAGCCGCGCAAGCGCGUAGGGCGCCCCGGCUCCGGAGCAUAAACAAGAGCGGGGCCGGGAUGAGGCGGCGGUUGAUCCCGCAGCAGCGAGUGGCGGCGACCGAGGCGGCAAGCUGGGCCCGGCGCCGACCCUGAGCGCAGCCCGACCCGCCCUCGUGCGCGCCCCCACGGGCUGCCCCGCCGCGCGCAGCCAUGAACCUGGCGAGCCAGAGCGGCGAGGCCGGCGCCGGCCAGCUGCUUUUCGCCAACUUCAACCAGGACAAUACGUCCCUAGCUGUUGGUAGUAAGUCCGGUUAUAAAUUUUUCUCCCUUUCUUCUGUGGAUAAGCUGGAACAGAUCUAUGAAUGCACUGAUACUGAAGAUGUGUGCAUCGUAGAGAGAUUGUUCUCAAGCAGUUUAGUGGCCAUCGUUAGCCUCAAGGCUCCCAGGAAGCUAAAGGUUUGCCACUUUAAGAAGGGAACCGAGAUCUGCAACUACAGCUACUCUAACACCAUCCUGGCCGUGAAGCUCAACAGGCAGAGGCUCAUCGUGUGCCUGGAAGAGUCUCUAUAUAUACACAACAUUCGGGACAUGAAGGUUCUGCACACCAUCAGGGAGACCCCCCCAAACCCUGCAGGCUUGUGUGCACUGUCAAUAAACAACGACAAUUGCUACUUGGCAUAUCCAGGGAGUGCAACCAUCGGAGAGGUGCAGGUCUUCGACACCAUUAAUUUGAGAGCUGCAAACAUGAUCCCAGCUCAUGACAGCCCUUUAGCAGCACUGGCUUUUGACGCAAGUGGAACCAAACUUGCCACGGCUUCUGAGAAGGGGACCGUGAUUAGGGUGUUUUCCAUUCCAGAGGGACAAAAACUCUUUGAGUUCCGGAGAGGAGUUAAGAGGUGUGUGAGCAUCUGCUCCUUGGCCUUCAGCAUGGACGGCAUGUUCCUCUCUGCGUCCAGCAACACUGAGACUGUGCACAUCUUCAAACUUGAGACUGUGAAAGAAAAACCUCCAGAGGAGCCCACCACCUGGACUGGCUACUUUGGGAAGGUGCUCAUGGCAUCCACCAGCUACCUGCCCUCUCAAGUGACAGAAAUGUUCAACCAGGGCAGAGCCUUUGCCACUGUCCGCCUCCCAUUCUGUGGCCAUAAGAACAUCUGCUCGUUAGCCACAAUUCAGAAGAUUCCUCGGUUGUUGGUGGGAGCUUCUGACGGCUACUUGUAUAUGUACAACCUGGACCCCCAGGAAGGUGGCGAGUGUGCCCUGAUGCGACAGCACAGGCUGGACGGCAGCAUGGAGACCACCAGUGAAAUUGUGGACUCUGCCUCUCACGACUGCCCCUUAGUAACUCAGACGUACAGCGCAGCAGCCGCAAAAGCUGCCUACGUGCCCUCGUCUCCAACAAGACUUGGUAAGGGGCAGGACGCAAACCUAGAAGCCUAUACGGACGACCUGGGUGCCGUGGGUGGAGCGUGUCUUGAAGAUGAAGCCAGUGCCCUGCGCCUGGACGAAGACAGCGAGCAUCCUCCCAUGAUUCUUCGGACUGACUGAACUUGACCUGUUAACUCUGACCCUGGAAGCAGAGAACACAGGCUUUACAGAGGACUUUAUGCGUUGCUGCUAUGAACUUUGACCUGAAUUGGGGGAGGAUGGCAGAGACUUUUUUAAAAAAAAGGGGGGGGGUGUAGUGAUAGUCUAACUCCAUACUGUUGGGAAAAUACACUGUUUUCACUUCAGUGGCUUUUAAUCCUGCUUAAGAAUUUUAGCUUUUUGUUUUCUUUUUUUUUUUGCCAAAAUAACUGUUUGGUGAAGCCCUCGAAGUCUCCUUGCUUUGCAUGCAUGAUGUGCCAAGCCCGGCGUAGGAGAGCUAGAAGCCACUUUAUAACAAACCGCAGUUGUCUGGUGUUUACUGUCUGUACAUAGCAGUGGGCGUGGCGAGGAAGACGCGGCGUCUGCAGAGUGGUUCUGGUUGUGGAGGCUGUUCCUGCUGAGAUAGGUCCCAGCGCUGCCCACCUGGGGCCCACUGGGUGCUGGCCAAUGUCAGCCUUGGACGGGAUCUUCUAGCCCUGCAGCCCCACCUGGACCGUUUCCCUCCACUUUAUUUUAUUAAUUAAAUUCUUUCCAAAUUGGA